AUGGCCGGAAGUUCGCUAUGCUCGAUGCGAAAGUCUCAUGAUCACGAAUCCGCGCCACUGUUGCCAAAAGCGGAUACACUGCUGCCAAAAGAGGGCAAUCCGCUCUACUUGUAUCUGCUCACGCUCUGCUCCACCAUCGGCGGCUUUCUUUUCGGCUACGACACGCCUCACCCUGCAACAUGUGCAUCUAUUCGUCUUCAGGGUGUCAUUUCAGGUGCUUUGGUGCUGCUUAAAAGCCCCGAGGUGUUCGACCUCACGAAUCUUCAGAGCGAGAGCGUCGUGUCUGCUGCAGUAGGUGGUGCGAUCAUCGGCGCUGCUUUAUCCAGUUGUGGCAACGACGUAUUCGGUCGACGUCGAGUGAUUCUCCUCUCCUCCGCCAUGUUCACUGCUGGGUCGGUACUUAUGGCAUCUGCUCAUUCAUUCGGAGAACUGCUCGUCGGGCGUCUCGUCGUCGGUUUAGCGAUUGGAUUCGCAUCAAUGACCAUACCACUCUACAUCGCCGAAGUCUCACCUCCAGACGUCCGUGGUCAACUCGUGUCGCUGAAUAACGCGUGCGUCACUGGUGGACAAUUCUUUGCUUGUGUUCUGGAUGCAAUACUCGCCGAUGCUGACCAAGGUUGGCGCUACAUGCUCGGGUUGGCAGCAAUCCCUGCAUUUCUGCAGUUCCUCGGUUUCCUGGCAUUGCCAGAGACCCCACGCUUUCUCAUGAGUAAAGGACGGAAGGAAGAAGCUUGGGAUUCGCUUAUUAAAGUUCGAGGAACAAUGGACGUCUCAGUAGAAUUCAGCCACGUGGAGGAUGAAGUGGAACACGAUCGCUACGAAGACAGCAACGUAUGGGAAGAACUGAAGAGCCCUGCCGUCAUUCGUGCGUUGAUCCUCGGGUGUUCCAUCCAGGCUCUCGCCCAACUCUGCGGUAUCAAUACGGUGAUGUAUUACGGCGCUACCAUCAUUCAAAUGGCUGGGUUCACCAACCCCACGACUGCCAUUUGGCUCUCCGCGCUUGUAUCUUUCAGCAACUUUAUCUUUACGUUUGUCGGAAUCUACCUCGUGGACCGCGCAGGUCGUCGACUACUUACACUCGGUAGUUUGGCUGGCGUCUUCUUCUCGUUGGUGGCUCUCGGAGGGAGCUUUUACGCUGCAGAGAUGCAGUCCAUGGAGGUUUCAGGUAUCGGUGAAUGCUCAGGCAUCUCAACGUGCUUCGACUGUGUGGCCAGCGCUGCAUGUGGAUUCUGCUCCGAGGGCUCUCCCGACCCAAUCUUCGCAGUAUCCAACCCCACGAAUGCCAACUUGUGUAUGCCAGGCAAUGCUGCGUCAACCACGCAGGGAUCAUGUGCAACGUCGAACUGGUCUUUCCAGGCCUGUCCGACAGACAGUCGAGCUCCUGGCUGGACCAUCUUGGGCGCCCUCUUCGUCUAUUUGGCUUUCUUCGCCAGUGGAAUAGGCUGCAUGCCCUGGACCAUCAACGCUGAGAUCUAUCCACUUCGUGUCCGAAGCUUUGCGUUGAGUGUGGCAACUUCCGUGUGUUGGAUCACCAACUUGCUGGUGUCGUUUACCUUCUUGUCGAUUGUGGACGAGCUGUCCGUAUUCGGCGCUUUCUGGCUGUACGCAUCGAUCGCCUUGUUUGGUUUCGCGUUCUUGUGGAAGGAACUCCCAGAGACAAAAGGCUUGGAACUCGAAGAGAUUCAACACAUCUUUGAGCGUCGUGAACAACGCACCAGCUCCGUUUUCUCGACUAUCAGCAGCAAACGAACGGAUGAGUAG